ACGGAGGAGCGCGCAUCGCAUCGCGCAGGGUUGCGCACAGAGAAGACGUAGCUGCGACACUGGUGAGGCGAAGACGCGUCUACACGGCCGAGAGGAUGCACUGAAGGAGCCUUUAAAUUCCCAGCUAAUUUACAGCCGGGCGACAGAGCAGCUGUAAUAACAUAAUAUACAAAUAUGAGCGUGAUCCAGGCCGGGCAUGACGGCAGGGGGGACGGCAGCGGCAGAGGCAGCCACAGCGACAACGGCGGCGGCUCCCCGAGGCUCCAGCAGUGCGCUCAGCCUCCCAACAGCAGCAGCAGCAGCAGCAGCCGGACCAAAGAUGCCAGAUACCAGCAGCAGCUCCAGCAGCAGAGGCAUCAUGGUGGGUCGAUGCUCAAACAGCCAUCACUCAACGAGCCAGCCGACGUCGUGAGACGGGCGCUGGACUUCAAGUGCCAGGGCACCCAGUGCUACAAGGAUAAGAAGUACCGAGAGGCGAUUGGCAAGUAUCACCGCGCUCUGCUGGAGAUAAAGGGGCUGUGCAGGGUGCUGGGGGAUCCGGACACCAGCUCCAAGCCCCCGUCCACCCUCCUGCCGACCAUCAGCAAGUCCACCCGGCUGACAGAUGAGCAGAAGGGGGCCAUGGAGAAUGCAGAGCUGGAGUGUUACAACAGCUUGGCCGCCUGCUUGUUGCAAAUGGAGCUGGUGAACUAUGAACGAGUGAAGGAAUACUGUCUCAAAGUGCUUCACAAGGAAGGGAAGAACUUCAAGGCUCUGUACCGAUCCGGCGUGGCAUAUUACCAUCUAGGAGACUUCCAGAAGGCCCUGUACUACCUGAAGGAGUCACACAAACAGGAACCAUCAGACACCAAUGUCAUCCGCUACAUCCAGCUGACAGAGAUGAAGAUUCGCCGAAAUGCCCAAAGGGAAAAGAAAGAGGCGACAUAAGCGCUGGCUGUCUGACGACUUCUCACCAGUCAUAAAUUUCCAGCCCUGCUGUGUGCCACCCAGACCUUACACACCAUGAGUCAGAGGUCCUGGUGUGAAGAGAUAUUUGUUUGCUUUUGCCUUGCACAGCAUCCGGUUGCCAGUUACGUGAUUGAACUUCAUCGUUGUGUGCUUGAAGCAUUUCUUUUUUUAAUUUUAAAUCGUACCAGAUACUGAGUUUCUGUCUCCAGGCCACCAAAUUUAUCUAGUAUGAAUCCAUCCCAAGUAUUUUUUAACCAUUACAAACUGAUGCACUGCCAGUCCAAACAUUGCACAUACAGGCCAACACUUGUGAUAGAGACAGGAGCAACAAGUUCCAUAGAGUGAGUCCAGCAUGUCUGCAGGCGAGUGUAACUGUAAAUUAGCACGUGCCCUCGCACAAGAUGUCUCUUGAAUGGCAUGGAGUGAAUGAGUAACAGCCACCUACACUCCUAUCACCAUACUUUGAUUUCGAAAGUACAACAAAAGACACUUUUUUUAUACUCACGAUGAUAUCUGAGAUAAUGGUGCUUUCAUCUUUAACUCAAAUGAUCAAGGACAUCAAGAGCACAUGGUUGCUAAUUGCAGUUUGAACUUAAGAGACAUAUCACAAAAUGUAAAUAGGCUACUUUAUAUAAAUCAUGACAAAUAUAACAGAGAGACAAGCUAUUUGUGUUUAUUGAUGCCAAAACAAAGCACUUCAUUCACAGCAUUUACUGUAUCAACAAAUACUGUAUGUUUACUGUAAAGGUAUGCGUGUAAUAAAUGUGUCAAUUGAUUGAAGUACUUUUUUUGUUGUGCUGCAGCCGUGAAUUUCUCUUAAAUUUUUUUAAAUUAAAUUUUCCUUCUAUGUACCUCUUAAGCUAAAAUAGAUCUAUGGAAAAAUGCUGAUGAAAGCACAUGUGUAAAUAAAUAAGUGAAACAAG